AUGGCAGAUCCCCAGGUCAUUUCGGACGAUAGCUCUGAGGAAGUGGAGGAAGAGGCGAGAAGAAUCAGAGAACGCUUUAUCGUAGAUGAAAAUGAGGAUGAGGAGGAAGACGAUGACGAUGACGAGGCAAGGCAUCGAGGAAGGAAGCGGCGUAAGAGGAGACAUCGGAGGCGCAACGAGGAGGCCUUGGAAGAAGACGACCUUGAGCUGCUAGAAAGGUGGUCUCCACCCGCUCCAUCGACCUCUAAGCGCCAGCCAGUUGUGGAAUCGUCAGAAGAUGAGUUAGAUAACGAGGACCGGCCGCCGGUCCAGGAUAUUAAGCGGAUUUGGGAUGAUGAGCGCGCUGGAGGUGGACGUGGUCGAUUUCAACGAAGGCGCUGGCGCUAUGGACGAGCAGGAACGUGAGGAAAGACAAAGAGAGAGGCAAAAGCGAGAGAGGGAGAGGUUGACGCAUGCUCUUCCCUGUUUUUUCGUCCAGGAGUUCGAAGUCCUGUAUAUUUGGACGCACAGACGGGACGACAUCUUGUAUCUCAACCCUCGAGAAAUGCGCGCUUCAGUGAUGUCAGUUGGGGGCGCACCUCUAGGUUUUACGCUCAAUAA